UCUACCCAGUCCUAUAGGUUCACCCCCAGUCGGCAUGGACUCAGGGGCACUUGGUUGCCUCUUUUAUGGGAAUAACUGGAAGCUGAUGGUGUACGAAUUGUGGGGUGGAGCCCUGCUGGCACAUGGGGUUAAAGCGCUUGGGUGCUGCCCAAAGGCUGGUUGUUCAAACCAACUACUGGCGCCAUGGGAGCAAGUUGUGACAGUCGGCUUCUGGGAAGCUUUACAGACUUGGAAAUGCUCUGGGGCAGUUCUCGCCUGCCCUUCCUAGGUUGCUGUGUGUUGGCCUCCCAGGGCUGGCAGUGGGUUUGACCACUAGGAGCUGGGUCGUGGGUCCCUGUGGCUCUGGAUGGUGAGGGCUGUUGAGCAUGCUGGGAGUUUUAUCACAUGGUUGUCCAUGAAGAAGGUUGGGAAUCCCACCAGGGCUCGUGAUCCAAGGCUUCAUUGAUUUGUAGGCAAUGCUUCCAUGGUCAUCUCUGAGUUUGGGGCAGCAAAAGGCUCCUGGUUUUCAAUGCAAACCUACUUUCCGGGCUUAGCUUUGAUCCCUGGUCCUAUAAAUACUGGUUUGUGUCUGUACCAUUUGUUUUAGAAGAAAUGAUGUUUCUACGCAUCUUCCAUCUCCUUUUUGUCCAGCCCUCCCCGUCUCAUUCUGGUUGGGUGGGCCCCGAGCCGCUGUCACCGUGACCCACCUUCUGCAGUAUGCUUAUGACUCCCGAGCAGCUGAGAACCACAGGGCUGUUGGGGCUCGUGAAGCAGGGGUGAUGUGGAGAAAUGAGUGUGCAGCGUGGUGUUUCCUGGAACUUGGUUUUGCUUGUUUGUUGAGGAGAUAGUGCUAUCAGAAGCCAGAAUUAGCACCAGUACAAACUGACGACAGAUGGGGAGAAGACAGUCUGAGUCUUAGCAGGUGCCCCGGGGAAGAGGUGGCUCUGCGUCCGAGAAGAAUGGAUUGUUAGGGGCCUUGGCUGAUGCUGGAGUAGCAGCUGCUCGCACUGUGCGGUCACCACGCAGGGGAGGGACUGUGACUCUGCUAUAAAUAGUGCAGAGAGCCAGAGUCGCUAUGGAGACAAAAGUGAAUCCUAUUACCUGCAGGUCUUCUGUUGGGAGCAAGAGCAGCAUUUGGGGCAUUUCUGAGAUGGUGCAGAUAAGUUUUGUUGGUUAUUAGGUAGGGGCUGAAAAGACAGAACUUGUACUCUUAGUCAAACAGGGCUGUGGCAUACAGGCAGUAUGUGUGUGUGUGUGUGUGUGUGUGUGUGUGUGUGUGUGUGUGUCUGUCUGUCUAUCUGAGAGCACACAGCCCCAAAGAAAGGAGUGGUGUGCGCAGAUUGCUUCACGAAUGCUGUGUGUCCGGCGAACGUGGUCUUGGUGCGGCCAUGUGCAGGACACAGAGGUGGGAUCCUGGCAGCACUGGACAUAACCUCAGAAUGGAGUGACGCGUUGGACAGAGGGAGACCCAGCAGGACAUCAGUUCAGACCAAGUCAAGCCUUCUCUGAGGAGCCUUGGGGCACAGUGCUUAAGCGCUCCGCUUCAUCCAAAAGUUUGGCUGUUCAAACCCACCACCGCGCCACAGGAGACAGAUGCUGUCUGCUUCCCUAAAGGCUGCUGGCUGCCGGCUGCUAGCCCCAAGACUUGCAUUCUCAGAUAAUAUUGAAAAUCACUUUGGGCACGUGGAGACUUCUCGCUGGGGCGCACCGAGGUUUCUCUGCGAUGAACUGCUGAAGCGUCGGCACCAUGGUGCAGAAAAAGAAGUUUUGCCCUCGGUUACUGGACUACCUAGUGAUCGUCGGGGCCAGACACCCGAGCAGCGACAGCGUGGCCCAGACCCCUGAACUGCUGCGGCGCUACCCCUUGGAGGAUCACCCCGAGUUCCCCCUGCCCCCCGAUGUGGUCUUCUUCUGCCAGCCAGAGGGCUGCCUGAGCGUGCGUCAGCGGCGCAUGAGCCUGCGGGACGACGCGUCCUUCGUCUUCACCCUCACCGACAAGGACACUGGAGUCACGCGUUAUGGCAUCUGCGUGAAUUUCUACCGUUCCUUCCAGAAGCGCCUGCCCAAGGAGAAGGGGGAGGCGGGGCUGGGGUCCCGGGGCAAGGAAGGACCCCGUGCUCCCUGCGCCUCAGAAGAGGCUGGCACUGACAGCUCAGAGGGCGGCUCGUCCCUGCCGCCUCCCAGCGCUGACUCUACCCCUGACGUGAACCAGUCUCCUCGGGGCAAAUGCCGGGCCAAGGCGGGCAGCAGGUCCCGCAACAGUACCCUGACGUCCCUGUGUGUGCUCAGCCACUACCCCUUCUUCUCCACCUUCCGCGAUUGCCUGUACACCCUCAAACGCCUGGUGGACCGCUGCAGCGAGCGCCUGCUGGCCAAGAGGCUGGGCAUCCCUCGGGGCGUGCAAAGGGACACCAUGUGGCGCAUCUUCACGGGGUCACUGCUGGUGGAGGAGAAGUCGAGUGCCCUCCUGCAAGACCUCCGGGAGAUCGAGGCCUGGAUCUACCGGCUGCUACGCUCCCCGGUACCAGUCUCUGGGCAGAAGCGAGUGGACAUUGAGGUCCUACCCCAGGAGCUCCAGCCGGCUCUGACCUUUGCACUGCCAGACCCCUCGAGAUUCAACCUCGUGGACUUCCCCCUGCACCUUCCCCUGGAGCUGCUGGGUGUGGAGGCCUGUCUCCAAGUGCUCACCUGCAUCCUGUUGGAGCAUAAGGUGGUGCUGCAGUCCCGGGACUACAACGCCCUGUCCAUGUCGGUGAUGGCCUUCGUGGCCAUGAUCUACCCCCUGGAGUACAUGUUCCCCGUUAUCCCACUGCUUCCCACCUGCAUGGCGUCGGCAGAGCAGCUGCUGCUGGCUCCCACCCCGUACAUCAUUGGGGUCCCGGCCAGCUUCUUCCUCUACAAACUGGACUUCAAGAUGCCCGAUGACGUGUGGCUUGUGGACCUGGACAGCAAUCGCGUGAUCGCCCCCACCAAUGCAGAAGUGCUGCCUGUCCUGCCAGAACCAGAGUCCUUGGAGCUGAAGAAACAUUUGAAGCAGGCGCUAGCCAGCAUGAGUCUCAACACGCAGCCCAUCCUCAACCUGGAGAAAUUCCACGAGGGCCAGGAGAUCCCGCUCCUCCUGGGAAGGCCCUCCCACGACCUGCAGUCCACACCGUCCACUGAGUUCAACCCCCUCAUCUACGGCAACGACGUGGAUUCUGUGGAUGUCGCCACCAGAGUGGCCAUGGUCCGUUUCUUCAACUCCCCCAACGUGCUGCAGGGCUUCCAGAUGCACACGCGGACCCUGCGUCUCUUCCCCCGGCCUGUGGUAGCCUUCCAGGCCGGCGCCUUUCUAGCCUCACGGCCCCGGCAGAGCCCUUUUGCUGAGAAAUUGGCCAGGACGCAGGCUGUGGAGUACUUUGGAGAGUGGAUCCUGAACCCCACCAACUACGCCUUCCAGCGAAUUCACAACAAUAUGUUUGACCCCGCCCUGAUUGGUGACAAGCCAAAGUGGUACGCGCAUCAGCUGCAGCCCAUCAAUUACCGCGUCUACGACAGCAGUUCCCAGCUGGCUGAGGCCCUGCGGGUGCCCCCGGAGCGCGACUCGGACUCCGACCCCACUGACGACAGUGGCAGCGACAGUAUGGAAUAUGACGGCUCGAGCUCCUCCUACUCGUCCCUUGGCGACUUUGUCAGUGAGAUGAUGAAGUGUGACAUCAGCGGUGACACCCCUAACAUGGACCCACCGACGCACGCCGCGCUGGGGGAUGCCAGUGAAGUGGAGCUGGCGGAGCUUCAGAACCGGAAGGAAGCAGAUGUGCCCGGCCCGGCCCCCGAGGUCUCCCAGGAAGGCCCACCCCAGCUCACUCGCUCUGAUAGCACCGCCCGCAGCAGCCCCGGCACCAUCAGGCACAGAGCCUCCACUGAACCGGCAGACUCCACAGAGGCCGCUGCCGGUGUUCCCAAGCUCCUCCCGACCGCACCUCCCAGCCUGGGCAAGUCAGACGCCUUGGACAGGCCCCCGGCGGAAACCGGAGAGGACUCAGUACGCAGGCGACCCUAUGACAGCCCAAGCUCAGAGCCCCACUACGCCUUCCCCCCUGAGGAGGAUGAGGAUGAGCAGGGGGAGAGCUAUACUCCCCGGUUCAGCCACAAUGUCAAUGGCACUCGGGCUCAAAAGCUGCUGCGGCCCAACAGCUUGAAGCUGGGAAGUGACUCGGAAGCGGAGUCGGACUCCCGAGCCAGCUCUCCCACCUCCACCGUCUCCAACAACAGCACCGAGGGCUUUGGGGGCAUCAUGUCUUUUGCCAGCAGCCUGUAUCGGAACCACAGCACAAGCUUCAGUCUUUCCAACCUCGCUCUGCCCACCAAAGGUGCCCGUGAGAAGGCCACGCCCUUCCCGAGUCUGAAAGUGUUUGGGCUAAAUACUCUAGUGGAGCUUGUUACUGAAGCCGGCCCCGGGAGGGGUGAAGGGAACAGGCGGGCCCUGGUGGACCAGAAGUCGUCUGUCAUUAAACACAGCCCCACCGUGAAGAGAGAGCCCCCGUCACCCCAGGGCCGCUCCAGCAACUCUAGUGAGAACCAGCAGUUCCUGAAGGAGGUGGUGCACAGCGUGCUGGACGGCCAGGGGGUGGGCUGGCUCAGCAUGAAGAAGGUGCGGAGGCUGUUGGAGAGCGAGCAGCUCCGGGUCUUCGUCCUGAGCAAGCUGAACCGUACCACGCAGUCGGAGGAGGAAGCCCGGCAGGACAUUAUCCCGGAUGUGGAGAUCAGCCGGAAGGUCUAUAAGGGGAUGCUGGACCUGCUCAAGUGCACGGUCCUCAGCCUGGAGCAGUCAUACACCCACGCCGGGCUGGGCGGCAUGGCCAGCAUCUUUGGGCUUCUGGAGAUCGCGCAGACCCACUACUACAGUAAAGAACCAGACAAGAGGAAGAGAAGUCCCACGGAGAGCGUGAACACCCCAGUCUUCAGAGACCCUGGCCUGGCUGGGCGGGGGGACCCAAAGGCCAUGGCCCAGCUGAGAGUUCCCCAGUUGGGACCGCGGGCACUCGGUACCGCAGGCAGGGGCCCUAAGGAACCGGACACGCGGAGCUUAAAGGAGGAGAACUUCGUUGCCUCUAUCGAAUUGUGGAACAAGCACCAGGAAGUGAAAAAGCAAAAAGCUUUGGAAAAACAGAGGCCUGAAGCAGCCAAGCCCACCUUUGACCUUGCCGAGACAGAGGAGAAAAAGUCUCAGAUCAGCGCCGACAGUGGUGUGAGCCUGACAUCCGGGUCCCAGAGGACCGACCCAGACCCCGUUGUCGGUGCGAGUCCAGCUGUCAUGAUCCGAAGCUCCAGUCAGGAUUCUGAAGUUAGCACCGUGGUGAGUAACAGUUCUGGAGAGACCCUUGGAGCAGACAGUGACUUGAGCAGCAAUGCGGGUGAUGGGCCAGGUGGCGAGGGCAGUGCCCACUUGGCAAGCUCUCGGGCCACCUUGUCCGAUAGUGAGAUCGAGACCAAUUCUGCCACGAGCGCCAUCUUUGGUAAGGCCCACAGCUUGAAGCCAAGCACGAAGGAGAGACUGGUGAGCAGCCCCGUUCGCUCUGCUGAAGAUGCUAGCCAGCGGGUGUAUCUCUACGAGGGACUCCUCGGAAGGGACAAAGGAUCCAUGUGGGACCAGUUAGAGGAUGCUGCCCUGGAGACCUUUUCUCUAAGCAAAGAGCGGUCUACUCUGUGGGAUCAAAUGCAGUUCUGGGAAGACGCAUUCUUGGAUGCCGUGAUGCUGGAGCGAGAAGGGAUGGGCAUGGACCAGGGUCCCCAGGAGAUGAUCGACCGGUACCUGUCCCUGGGAGAACACGACCGGAAGCGGCUGGAGGAUGAUGAGGACCGCCUGCUGGCCACGCUUCUGCACAACCUCAUCUCCUACAUGCUGCUGAUGAAGGUGAAUAAGAACGACAUCCGCAGGAAGGUGAGGCGUCUCAUGGGCAAGUCCCACAUCGGGCUUGUGUACAGCCAGCAAGUCAACGAGGUGCUCGAUCAGCUGGCAGACCUGAAUGGACGAGAUCUCUCUAUCCGGUCCAGUGGCAGCCGGCACAUGAAGAAGCAGACAUUCGUGGUACACGCAGGGACAGACACAAAUGGAGAUAUCUUUUUCAUGGAGGUGUGUGAUGACUGCGUGGUGUUACGUAGCAACGUGGGGACGGUGUAUGAGCGCUGGUGGUACGAGAAGCUCAUCAACAUGACCUACUGUCCCAAGACCAAAGUGCUGUGCUUGUGGCGCAGAAACGGCUCCGAGACCCAGCUCAACAAGUUCUACACCAAGAAGUGUCGGGAGCUGUAUUACUGUGUGAAGGACAGCAUGGAGCGCGCGGCCGCCCGGCAGCAGAGCAUCAAACCCGGGCCUGAGCUGGGUGGUGAGUUCCCCGUGCAGGACAUGAAGACCGGGGAAGGUGGCUUGCUGCAGGUCACUCUGGAAGGGAUCAACCUCAAGUUCAUGCACAACCAGGAGCGGAAGGUUUUCAUAGAGCUGAAUCACAUUAAAAAGUGCAAUACAGUCCGAGGCGUCUUUGUCCUGGAGGAAUUUGUUCCUGAAAUUAAAGAAGUGGUGAGCCACAAGUACAAGACGCCGAUGGCCCACGAGAUCUGCUACUCUGUGUUGUGUCUCUUCUCGUACGUGGCUGCAGUCCGAAGCAGCGAGGAAGACCUCCGAACCCCGCCCCGGCCCGUGUCUAGCUGACGGAGAGGGACGACACAGCUGCCCAGCCCCAGCCGCCCCUUGCUGCCCACCUCCUGCUGGUCCCAUGCCCAGGGCUGCUGAGACGAGGGUGCAGGGCGUUUGUCUGCAGGCGCCUCUGAGGCUGAGCUCAUUGCCAGCCGUGUGUCUCCCAGGCAUGGCUUUGGAUGGACGUGCCCAUAGCCGAGCUGGGCUAGUCUCAACCCCUUCUCCUCCUGCCCACUCAGGGCCCAAGAGUGUGUGUGCACGUGUGCACGUGGGUGUGUUAGGCCAGUGGCUUCUGAGAACUUUGCGUGUAAGCCAGUGUGAGUCCACUGUUGGGUGUCCCUGUGUUGUUUGCUCAUCUGUGUUCUUGGUGUUGUAAGCUCCAGUGUGCAGCCUGGCUCUGUGCCCUCAGUGGGGUGGGCAGGAGACCAGCCAGUGGCCUGCCCUCCCAACGAGGUAGACAGAGGACCGAGGGGAUGGGGUGGAUAGUCAGGGACAGCUGGCAAGAAUGACCCUCCACCCUGCUUCCUUAAGCCAAUGUUCCUAGCUGGCUAGGCUCCUGCCGCCUCAGCCUCAACGGGGCAGUGUUGAGGGACUUUGCCCAAAGUCCACCUCCCCCAUCACCCCCUCCUCUUUCCACCGCCGCCGCCGCAUGAGAGCACAGUGUGCUUGGCCUGACAACCCCAGGGACCCCGGCUGCUUGGCUGAGAAUCAGGGAGGGGCCAGCUCGAUACCCAUACCUGUGUCUGCAGCCAGGCCCUCCUGGCACCAGGUGCCUGGAGGGAGAGGCGGCCUGGGGAUGGGCACGAGCUCAUUGUAAAUAGUUCUGCUCCACAUUAUUUAUAGAAUGUGUACAGCUGUGUGACUGUGAAAUAAAUGUCCUUGACCCCUGA